UUAGAUAACACUGGUAAAAGUGAGAUGGGCCGAUUGUUGUUAGCCUGUUCAUGGUCGCCGUCUUUUGGAAUCGGUAUAACCUCGGCUGUUUUCCAUUUUGAUGGAAAAACACAUGUUUGAAAGGAUGUGUUAGUAAUAGACGUAAUUGUGUGAACGGUUGAAUUUUGACAGUCUUUGAUGAACUUUAUUCAUCUGACUUUAAAACGUUAAAAUCUGCGUAAUCGUGAAAUAUUUCCCUGUUGUAAUAGUGGUAUUUAUAAUCUUUACAGAGAUUGGGUACUAGCUAGCCUCAUCUUCAUGUUCGGCGGGAGUUUCCCAGAAAAAGUACCCCAUCCUUUUCCCCAGUAAACGAAAGCACUUCCGCCACUGAAUCUGCGUAGUUUAGAGACAUCUGUGAUUCUCUUUUGGUAAUUUACUCAGAGAUUGAUAAAAGCACACAGUCCUUGCAUUUGUUCUCUUUUAACAUGAGUUAUUCGAGAACAUACAGAAAUUCAAACGGUGUCGGCGCCUACAGAAGAAACAGGAACGAAGGACGAAAUGAAGGUCAAGCCGCUACUGGAAUCCAAGCGGAACAGCCACAACAAGAAGAAACGGCUGCACCGAGCUUAGAAAGGGUUAACAGGAGAGACGGAUUCACCAUGUUUAGACCAGACGAAAAGAAAAGGGCUCAUUUGACGGAAAUGGCAAGACAGGAAGAAGAACAGGCCAAUGCUCACAGAGAGGCCAGACGUGUUCGGCGUGUUCAUGAAAGACCAGCCCGAGUGGGUGGUUCAACUGGCUACAACACUGUCAUAAACCAGAAACAGAAGGCUGUUACAUCAGCAAGUAAAGGGCUAGAAAUGCAGAAAAAACGAGAGAAAUGGCAGCAAGAAAAGCGGGAAAGGGAAGAGAGAGAACUACAAGAGAAGAAGGCAAAAGCUAGGGCUCAGUCAGAAAGAAAUGAAGUUCUGAGGGCUGUUAGAGCCGAGGAAGCCAUGGAGCGACACAGGGAUGAACACAGAUGGUAUAAUUGUAAUUAA